AUGAAACAGGUGCAUCUAGAGGAUGAGGUGAUGGAGCUCCUCAUCCCGGUUCCGCGCAACCUCACGGAUACGGCGUGCAAGGUGGUGUCCGGGUCGACGGCCACCUUGUUCUUCAUUCUCUGCGUGCUUCUCGCGUUGAGAAGCCGAUCGGACAAAUCGCCUGUGCCAGGUCCGUCCUUCUGUUUGGGAAUCGGCCCCAUUCUGACUUACUGCAGAUUCAUCUGGACCGGCAUUGGCACCGCCAGCAACUAUUACAACGAGAGAUACGGAGAUAUAGUCAGAGUGUGGAUAAAUGGAGAGGAGACGAUCAUCCUUAGCAGAUCCUCUGCAGUCUACCAGGUCCUGAAGAAAGCUCAGUACACCUCUAGAUUUGGCAGUAAACAAGGGCUGCGGUGUAUCGGUAUGAAUGACAAGGGCCUCAUCUUCAACUGCAACGUCACUCUGUGGAAAACAGCCCGCACGUACUUCGCUAAAGCUCUCACGGGUCCCGGGCUGCAGAAGACUGUGGCUAUCUGCGUCUCCUCCACGGACAACCAUCUAGACCGCCUGAAGGAGCUGACCGACUGCGCGGGACACGUAGACGUCCUGAAUUUACUGCGCUGCAUCGUGGUGGAUGUUUCCAACCGACUCUUUCUGAGGGUGCCGCUGGACGAGAAGGAGCUCCUUGCUAAGAUUGAGAAAUAUUUCGAAACCUGGCAGACAGUCAUUAUCAAGCCUGACUUCUUCUUCAGAUACGAGUGGAUGUAUAAGGAUCACAAGCGUGCUGUACAGGAUCUGCAGGAUGCAAUUGAAAGCCUCGUAGAGAAAAAACGGAAGGCACUGCUUGAGGCAGAGAAGCUGGACGAAAUUGACUUCACCACCGACUUAAUAUUCGCUCAGAACCACGGGGAGCUGUCAGCGGACAACGUGAGGCAGUGCGUGCUAGAGAUGGUGAUAGCUGGCCCAGACACGAUGUCCAUCACUAUAUUCUUCAUGUUGAUGCUGCUACGACAAAACCCCAACGUUGAGCAGGAAAUACUGGCUGAACUGGACACUGUUAUAGAUGACAGGGCUAUACAAAACGCUGACUUACAGAACUUGAGGGUCUUGGAGAGUUUCAUCAAUGAGGCUCUGAGGUUUCAUCCUGUGGUGGACUUCACGAUGAGGAAAGCAUUGGCAGAUGACGUUAUUGACGGCUAUAAGGUGUCAAAGGGAACAAACAUUAUUUUAAAUAUUGGACGCAUGCAUAAAACAGAGUUCUUCCCCAGACCAAACGAAUUCAGCUUAGAAAACUUCGAGAAAACUGUACCAAGUCGAUUCUUCCAGCCCUUCGGUUCCGGUCCUCGCUCAUGCGUGGGAAAGCACAUUGCCAUGGUAAUGAUGAAAGCCAUCCUCGUGACCCUGCUGUCACGGUACACGGUCUGUCCCCGUGACGGCUGCACCCUCGACACCAUCCAACAAACCAACAACCUGUCGCAACAGCCGGUGGACACAAAUAACGAUCUGACGAUGAUGUUUAUUCCCAGACAGAAACGGCUACGUUAACAGGAAAACACCGACAUC